AUGCUCAAGCGCUGCGGCCGGCGUCUGCUGCUGGCGCUGGUGGGCGCGCUGCUCGCCUGCCUCCUGGUGCUCACCGCCGACCCGCCGCCGCCCCCGGUGCCCGCCGAGCGUGGCCGGCGCGCGCUGCGCAGUCUGGCCGGCCCCCCGGGAGCGGCCCCAGUGCCGGGUCUGGGGGAAGCGGGGGCGACGCCCGGAGCCCUGGCACGCGAGGUGCACAGCCUGUCCGAGUACUUCAGCCUGCUGACCCGUGCGCGCAGGGACGUGGGUCCACAGCCCGGGCGUGCGCCCCGGCCCGCCGACGAACUCCCGCGGCCCCCGGCCGAGCCGCUGACGCCCCGGGACGUCUUCAUCGCCGUCAAGACCACCCGAAAGUUUCACCGUGCGCGCCUCGAUCUGCUGCUGGAGACCUGGAUCUCGCGCCACAAGGAGAUGACCUUCAUUUUCACGGAUGGGGACGAUGAAGAGCUGGCCAGGCAUACGGGCAAUGUGGUCAACACCAACUGCUCAGCUGCGCACAGCCGCCAGGCACUGUCCUGCAAGAUGGCUGUGGAGUAUGACCGCUUCAUCCAGUCCGGGAGGAAGUGGUUCUGCCACGUGGAUGAUGACAACUACGUGAACCUGCGGGCGCUGUUGCGGCUGCUGGCGGGCUUCCCGCACACCCAGGACGUGUACAUCGGCAAGCCCAGCCUGGACCGGCCCAUCCAGGCCACCGAGCGCGUCAGCGAGAACAAGAUGCGUCCCGUUCACUUCUGGUUCGCCACCGGUGGGGCUGGCUUCUGCAUCAGCCGAGGUCUGGCUUUGAAGAUGAGCCCCUGGGCCAGUGGCGGCCACUUCCUGAGCACCGCGGAGCGGAUCAGGCUUCCAGACGACUGUACCAUUGGCUACAUCGUGGAGGCCCUGCUGGGCGUGCCCCUCAUCCGCAGCGGCCUCUUCCACUCCCACCUGGAGAACCUCCAGCAGGUGCCCACCUCGGAGCUCCACGAGCAGGUGACGCUAAGCUAUGGCAUGUUUGAAAACAAGCGGAACGCUGUCCACGUGAAAGGACCGUUCUCUGUGGAGGCUGACCCAUCCAGGUUCCGCUCCGUCCACUGCCACCUGUACCCGGACACACCCUGGUGUCCACGCAGCGCUGUCUUCUAGCAGCCGCGGCUGAGGCCCCAUCCCUGGGCACCCCUGGUAUCCAUAGGGCCCAGGGACCCAUGUUGUGCACCCUGGCCUUGGCAUUCAAGUCUCCCCGGGGCCGGGCCCAUGUGAGCCCACCCACAGCUGACUGCUGGGCAGUCCUGCUGGGUAAGGAGGGAGAGGUGGGAGUGCCCUUAUCUGCCUAUCCGCACUGGGCCGGCUCAGGGCGCCCCCCCCCCCCCCGGCUGGGCGUGGGCUCUCUCUCUUGGCACCCUGGGUGCAGCCAGGAGCCGAGCAUCCUGUGCGCCUGCCUGGUCCAGACCCCAGAGCUGUCAGUGACAGCUCUGCCCAGUUCCAGGCCCCAAGUCUCUGGGUGACCAGGUGGCUGGCCAGCAGUGCUCCCCUCCCAGCCUCCCUGUGUGUGUGGGAGGGGGUCUCCCCCACCCCAGGUCCUGCCUUUGUCUCCCCCACAGUGCUGGGGGAGUCAGAGCUGAGAAUCGUACCUCCUCUCCAAAGCAGAGGAGAGUCGCCCAUAGUGGGCGUGGCUGUAAAUAUUGUGACAGUAUUUUUUUACUGUGCUGUUUUAUUUUUUUUGAAAGGGGGAGGGCAGAAGGAUGGGGGUGGUGGGAUGUUUGUGUGUGUGUUUGUUUUCAGGGGUGGGAGGGGGGAGGGUCUAAUUUUCUCUUUUUUCUGUGGAUCAGAAAAAGCAGAAGCCCAAUUUGGGCAGAUCUUCAUUUGUAAAGGUGACCCAGGAAUGUCAGACACUGUAUUUAUGCCUUCCAGUAUCUGGAAUCCCCCCUCCUGAGCGCCCCCCCCCCCACCUUGCUCUCCUCCCAGACAGCCUAGGGGCCCAGCGUGGCUCACCUGGGCUCACCUGUUGUGUUGCAUGUUUUCUUUGCAAAGAUGUGGCCAGAAAAGCAACUGAAGGGGGAAAAGCUCUCAGGGAAUGGAAGCGUGGUUGCUAUGGUGACAUCUUCGCUGUGAAUAAAGGCGUUCUUUGCAGAA